AUGACUUUCCGACUCCUCAGUUUCCCCGGACGUUCUGAAGGCCAGGGCCCACAAAGCAUCAUCUCUUCGCGUAUGACGGACAUCGCUUCAGACGACGGUGGCGAAGCUGAAACCCAACAUCAUCCAGCUGGUGUACAGAGGAAGGGUACCACGGACACCGCAUCGCGACCCGGGACGGCAAAGACGGGCCUUUCGGGCUCGCGCGACGGCUGGAGACACCCCCAGCCACUCCGCAAGAGUCAUGUUUCGGGGCUCGCCGCAAAGAGAGGCAGCACGGGUAGUGGAAGCGUCGCGAGUAACAGGCCACCAAGCUCGACCAGCCGCAGCCAUGUACCCUCCCUGACCUCGCACGCCUUCUUCCACCCGCUGAGCUCGCAGAAGCUGCAAGCCCAACGAGGGGGACCAUCACGUCCCCAAACCGUUAAUCAACAGCAGCCGACGCUCGACGAGAACGCGCAGGAAUCUGUAGACGGAACACGGCAGAGCAUCAUUUCGAAUCCCAUGGUGCGCAUUCAAAAUCAGACAAGCGACGACGGAGAGUUGCGAGCGCCGCCCUCGCGAGGUACCGAGUUUACCGAACAAGAAACACUUGACCGCAUUACGGCCAAUACCAGUCCGACGCAUGGUCACUAUCCUGCUGGCAGCUUGACCGACAGUGUGCGCCCCCUUCAGCGGAAGCCGUUCGAACCGAGGAAUCUCAACAUCAACGUGGACAAGAGCUACAAGGAGAGGGGCAACAUGCCGAGCCCGAUCAAGUCACCGCGGUCCUUCAGGUCAAGUUUUCUGAUGCCAGGCCGAAGUCAGGAACGGGUCAACACGCCCAACAGGGUGCCGCCUCCUGGUGCUGAGAAGCUGUCUUCUGCAGCCUCUUCUCCCCGACUGAACGGCGAGGGCUCUGGACGACCCGCGGAAGUGUCUGAGCUACCUAUACCUGCUGCUAAACCAGGAUUUGUUUUCGAGCAUUUCGAAGGCAACAUGGUCUUCUGCUUUGGAGGCCGAUUCCAAAACUCCAGGCAACGGCCCAUCAACAUUGCAACUGGCCUCAUGGUGGUCAUUCCCGGAGUGCUCUUCUUCGCCUUCUCAGCUCCGUGGUUGUGGAAUAAUAUCAGCCCCGCUAUCCCAAUCACUUUUGCAUACGUAUUCUACAUCUGCUUGUCUUCCUUCUUCCACGCAUCCGUGUCGGACCCUGGUGUAAGUCAAAGCCUGCUGCUACUCGCUUCCGUUUUCUGCUGCUCACAUUGUACCACAGAUCCUUCCUAG